AGGUCAUCCAUGACCGCAAAUAUCUAAUCCUGCGAAUUCAGUUCGCAAUUUACCUAUUUUAGAGAAACGUUGAGGGAUUUCGGACUGUCGAGUAACCGGAUUCUGCACAUAAGCGCUUGUCCUCUACAUCUUGCAAUGUGGCAUUUUAGAACAUUUGGGUUCAGAUUUCUCACAGCAGCAUCCGUAUACUGUAGUGUACAUUCUCUUGGAUCUGAUUUGAAAAUUCAACACUGGAACUACAACUGGGAUAAGUCACAUGGUAUAUAAUGACUUUUAUCGUCUUGAAAUGUUAACCAUCGUCUUAUUGUUUAUUUUUAUAGGUAUACACGAUGAUUCAAAGUUCGGAUUAAAACCAGAUACACUUAACGUAGUAAAACAUCAGCAAUCUUAUCAUAAAUUAAUUAUUUUUAUACGUCAUGGACAGUAUCAUUUGAAUAGAAAGAAAUCGGAGGAAAAGGUCCUCACCGAUAUUGGUUGGCGACAAGCUUAUGCUGCAGGUUGUCGACUUAGGGAAAUGGGAAUUAAAAUUGAUCGCAUUAUACACUCAGAUUUAAUCCGUGCUCGACAAACCACAGCUGCUGUUCUAAUUGGCUUACAAAAUAAUGUUGACGAUCUGUUUGAUUCACAAGAAAUUGUUCAACUUGUUAUACCGUAUUCAUCCGAAUUAGAUGAUCCUAAAUCAUACCCUGUUACACAAAAAUCUAACCAAAAAAAUACAAUUUCAAAGUCUAAAUCAAAUUCUCCAUUGAAAAUACCAAUGAUUGACAAUCCAUAUAUACCUUAUGCGGGUGCCAUGUUCGAUUGUCAACUAUCACGUUAUCUUACUGAGGGUCCACCUCCUGUUGCUCCUGUUCCACCAACAUCGUCUACAAAAAAAUCUGAUAAUAUUCGUUCAACAGAAGGUAUACGUAUCGAUAAAGGAUUUCAAAUACAUUUACAUAGUAAACCAAUUACAAAACAAGGUCUUAUUGCAUAUAAUGGUCCAUUCUAUUGUCCUAAUCAUUGUUGUUCUAUUUUAAACAAUAAUUCUAUUAUAAAUAUAAUUCAAUGUGAUUGUCCAUGUCAUCGUAUGAUAGAAUAUAAACCAAUUGAAACAAUUGUAUUUAUUGGUCAUGCUAAUGUAUUUCGUUAUUGGAUUUGUAAAUUAUUACAAUUACCAAUUGAAGGAUGGUUACGUUUAAGUUUAGGACAUGGAAGUAUUAGUACAUUCAUAAUUACAAAUGAUGAAUUCAUAAUUCAUUCUAAAGAAGAUAAUCAUAAUCAUAAUAGUGAUGAUAAUGAUGAUGAUGAAGUGAAAUUGACAAAACAAUUAAGAUAUGGUUCAAUAGUAACACUUAAUCGUCUUGGAGAUGUUGGUCAUUUACCACCGGAAUUAUUAACACAAUAAUAGUAUCUUUCUUUUAAUGAUAAAUACUUUCUUACUUACUUACGCCUGUUACUCCUUGUGAAGAAGGAGCAUAGGCCGCUCACCACCAGCAUUCUCCAUCUAACUCUAUCCUGGGCAAUUCUUUCCAGCUCAUUUCAGUUGUAAUUUCUAAUGAUAUCAUAUUCAUUAUAAAUGAAUGAAUGUACAUAACAAUAAUGAAAAGAUUAUCUAUACCUUAUUAUUGAUUAUUGUACAGUUUUGUAGAUUUCCAUUGUAAUUUAUGUAUGAAAUAUAUUGAUAAAGAUUGUAAUUUACUUUUAUUCAUUAAAUUCAAUUCAUGAAAUGGUACUAUGUAUUAUGUAAAUGAUUCAUUAUUGUCGAUAUUUUAUUAAUUUAAACACAUAAACAUUGGUACAAGGA